AAACACCCAUACUACACGCAUCAAAAUAUUACAAUGCAAACAAACACAACACACCUACCUAGCAAAAGGAGUAGGAGGCCAGCAAGCAAGAAAUACCUCGUGGCCACAUCGUCCCCCGGACCCCUUCUUGGUUUCUUCCAUGGAGGAGCAAGGUGAGAGACAGAUCCAGCUUCAGCUGCUGCUCCUCCCUGUGCCUGCAGGUCAUCAGGUGCUCCGCGACGUGCCGCCGCAGGCGGUGCCAGCCAGCGCCGUGGAGCACCCACAGCUGGACCUCGAUCUGUCCAUGAGCAUCGGGCCGAGGCAUCCUGCGGCCCCGACACCGGCGCCGCCGCCGCUGCCGCCGCCACGCGCGCGGUCGCCACCCACGAACGAGAUCAGGACGGCGCCGGGGCUGAUGGCGGUGCUGGCGCCGGCCGCCAGCGCGAGGCUGAAUCAGAAGCAUCAUGCAGCCGCCGACGUGCGCGCCGUGAAGCAGCAGGCGGCGGACCAGGCCCGCAUGGCGUCCGCCGAGCGCGCCUACGCGGAGCGCGUCCGGGAGCUGGCGCGGCGGGAGCUGGAGCUGGCGGAGCGGGAGUUCGCGCGCGCCAGGGCCAUCUGGGAGCGCGCCCGCGAGGAGGUGGAGCGGGUGGAGCGCAUGAAGCAGAUCGCGGCGAGGCGGCUCGUCGGCUCGGCCGCGUCGUCCGCGGCGGCGCUGGAGAUCACCUGCCACGCCUGCAUGCAGCGCUUCCACCCCUAGUGUCCUGAAGCUACUUACUCUCCAGAUCCUAGCUAGCUAUAGUACUAGCUCCUCCUACACACUUCUUGAUGAAGUGUAAAGGUGCCUGCCUCUCCGCGACGCCGGCCGCAGUUUCGAUCGUGUUGUGAUGGGUGGAUAGAUCGAUAUGGCUAGCUUCCUUCCACCAUUGCUGUAACUCUCUGAAUUUCUUCAAAGCUUUCUGCCCCCCAGCUCUUGUGAAUUAAUGCCAUGCCAUGUUCAGCUUGAGAUCCAGGAUCAUCGACCGUCUGGUUCCUAUGUUAAUUAGAUGCACGCGUUCUUAUCAUACAUCAAUGCAAUGAGCAAGUUCUUCUCCUUC